AUGUCCAUGCUCACCCUCACCCGCACCCUCACCCUCACUCCCGUGCUCCACGGAAUGAUCCCGUCGACAAUCAUCCUGAACAGCCAGCCCAAGCCCGAUUUCCUGUUCCAAAGCCAGAGCUAUCUUCAACAGCAAUCUCCCUUUCGCAUUCGCGACUCCACGACCACCGCCCAGCAGCACAUCCGACAAGCCUCCGCCGGCCGUCUUUGGAAUCCCACCAAUUCGACACCGCGCUUCCUGCUAGAAUCUCCACCGAGACCUAGGCGUCCGUCGACUCCCACGCCGCCGACCAUCCCCAUCCCGUAUCCUGCCCUCGACGUCUCCCUUCCAUCCAUCAACCUCGGAGGCGCGCUUUCCAUCACCGGAGACACCCCAUUGUUACCACUUUCAGAGCAGCGAGACGGAAGGAACAAUUCUGGUGGUCCGCGCAACAGUCUUCAGAUUGGUGGAGAUACGAUAAGCUUGCCCCGAUCUGUGCGGCAUUCAUACGACGAAAAACGGAAGAGCAAGGGCACUCUCACUCCCUCGCCCACCUUCCCCAAGGAAUCAAGCGAGGAGACAGAAGCAGGCCCGUCGACAAGACCAUCUCGGGCGGUGCAGGAGGUGGACAUUGCGCAAGCCGGGGCGGUUCCCAGGCUCAGGCGGCGCGACGAGCGAAUCAAUCCACACGUGACGGUCACGGAAUUGGGUUCUCAAAGCAGCUUUCAGAAGCUUGACAAGGGCAAGGGCAAAGCAGUCAUGACGGCCAGCGACGAAAAUGAGCAGCAACCAACGACGUCCUUUGAUCGGGACCUCGAGCGAGGACCAGAAGACCACGAGCGCCGGGCCUCGGCAGGUUCGAUAGAUGGGAUAGGAUCAGCCAUAUCAUCAAGCAACUCGUCCAUCCUGGGCGACCCCGACGAACAAGCCGACGACGAUGAAUGGGGACCCCAACACCCUUGCUUCCCACACCUGAAUCCCCAUGUACCCGUCGACUCCUCGGAGUACGUCAACACUCGGAUAAUCAGGAUAAAACGGGACUGGCUGCUCGAGGGAGAUCUUGCGCCCACGUUUUCCAACAUGUACCCCGAGAUCCUCGACCCGGCCGGUCUGUCCGAGGUGGAGUUUCGAAGGGUCAUUGAUAAGCUGAACUCGGAGCUUGUUCCGAUAUAUAACCCGUACAACGUCCGAAAUAUCGUCGACGGUGUUCUCGGCCUAGUGACUGGAUGGUUGUGGGAGGACUUUGGACUUACGGGCGCGAAGGCCAGGCUUGCCAGGCUGGAGAGGUGGCUCGAGCGGUGGAACAAGGAGAUGGAGAAGACAGCUGGUGGAGAUGACAACAUUGUGCCGCCCAAGAUCGUCCCUCUGAGACAGACGGCUUAUAUGACGCUUGACAUCCAAAUCUUCGACCCUGAGAUUCUCCCAGCACAGAGCACCAGGGGCACCGACUCGAGAGGGAACGACAGCUUGCCAGCUGAGCCAGGGCCUGCAGUGACCGCUGACUGA